UCAUAUUGUCAUUUUCAUUUAAAUCGUCAACGGUUCAACAUCGAUCACAUGAGUUAUUAGUUUUGCAAAAAAAAAGUAUUUAAAUCGAGGAAAAAUGUUUAGCGAAAUUAAAGUGCCUAACAAGAAAUGAUUUCCACUGGAUGGAUUAACUGUGAAUGGAUAACAUUGAACGGCGAACUUUUUUCAUUUAUUUUGUAAUUGUUGCGAAUAGACGAGAUUUGGAUUUGAAUUUAUUAAUUUUUUUAAAUUCAAACGGCGAAUAAGUGAAAAUGUUUGCAAAAUUGUUGUUUUUGAUGAGCUGUUGCAUGUUCAUCGAAAUUGGUUAUUGUGGUAACUCAAACGAACAUGUUCAUAUAAAGCUACACGUCCCAGAGAUAAUAAAACGACACACUCACGUUCGCACCGUAUACAAGCAUCUUCAUAAGCCCAAACCGCACAAAUCAAAGAAAUCGCACGCCAAAUUGAAACAUUCACAUUUUGAUGUCGCCGAGUCCAGACCCAUUUGGAUACCGAAACCUGUGCACUACAAACCCAAAGCGAAGGAAGAAACGGUACCAAUCAACGAAUGGCAACAUAAACUAGCGAUGCAGUCGCUUAAGAAACCUAAGCAUUCGAAACAGAGUCCGUAUGCGUUGAUAGAGAUGAUGGCUGAAACGGGCGAUGAUGGUUAUAAGGCUAAAUUGUACAAACAGUAUCAGCUGCAAGAACAACUGAGAAACCAACAAAUGAUGCCCGAUUACAUGGUGAUGGAUGGUAGUUUGAGUUUCGGUGCCGAGGAAGAUGAUAACGAUGACGUUUAUGCAUCUUCCCCGUCCGUGGAGCAUUUUCACCAACCGCAUCUAAUGAAAAUUACAGAGGCAGAUAUUCGGCCGAAAGUUAAACCUGCGCCUCAGUGGGAUCAUGACAGUAAAUCGCAGGAAAUUGCAUACUAUAAGAAACCACACGAAUGGCCGAAGGUUGAGCCAUCGUCCGUGGCCUAUCAGUACACGACUUUGGCACCGUUGCAUUUAACAGACGAUGAAUUCGUUCCUAGUGCAUUGCUACAGCAAACAAAGCACUCGAGUUUGGAUGAGUAUCCGAAUUUGUUUCAAUCGAAUAAACCGAAACCAAUGGAUUUGCAGUACACGUACACCAAAUAUAAAAACCGUCAAAGUAUGAAAAAUGCUAUGUCCAAUUUGAAUACUCGAGUUAAUUAGAAAAGUUUUUUUUUAUUAUAUUUGUGUGUUCAUGCUCCACAUUGCACAGUGGCGAUUGUUAUUUUAAAAAAUUUGAUUUUUUUUAUAUUUAUUUAACUUUGUAGAUCAAAUAGUUAGUUUAGUGAGUUAGAAAAUAGCUGUAGCUGUAUGGACGUUUUUGUUACAAAUAAAAGAGAAGACUGUUUUCACGUAAAUAAAAUUAGAAUUUGAAGAAAA